GGGGUGCUGCUGCUGCUCGCCGCGUUCAGCAGCAGCGGCGGCGGCGUCGUCGUCUCCCUCUCGGUGCGGGCGCCUCUCCGCACGUCUCAUCCCAGCCCCGAGCCGCCCCCCACCGCCGCCUCCCCCGAGGAGCGGCGUGAGGAUUCGGCGGGGGCACGUUUAUUCUUCCCGUUAACAACAACGACGACGGCAGCAGCAGCAGCGGCGGCAGCAGAAGAAGAAGCAGCGCAGGGAUUGCGCAUAAAUACUGCGUGCCGGAGCCGGGGCUCGAGGGCUCGUUGCGGAUUGUGUAUAUUCUUUAUUUAUUGAGUCGUUGUAUGUUUUUAAUGAAAUAGAUCGACGUGGCUCAGUGUGUGUCGGCGAGCCUGCUGCUGAGCGUGCUGGUGAGUCUGUGGGUAUCGACAGGACCCGGCGGCCGGCGCGCGCGUGCGCGCGCACCGCGCGCGCCCAUGUGAUCCCCAAGGUUGAUGAUGAUGAUGAUGCCUAUGAUGAUGAUAACGACGACGAUGAAGACCGGGAUGACGCUGAUGAUGAUGACGACGCCUGUGCAGACGCUGACAACCGCGAUCCCACCAUCAACAACAACAGCAGCGGCGGCGGCAUCGACAGCGUAAAAAAAAACAACCGCACCGAGACUCGGGCGACCAUGACCGCGCAGCGGGCGUGAGCGGCUCCGCAUGCAUGCGGCGCUCGGCCGGGCAGGCAUGGAGCAGCAGCAGCAGCAGCAGCCGCAGCAGCAGCAGCCUCCGCAGCAGCAGCAGCAGGCGACAGGCAGCAGUGGUAGCAGGGAGUGCAGUGGCGGUCAUGAGGACGUGCGCAAAUGCGGCUAUCUGCGCAAGCACAAGAGCUCGCACCGCCGCUUCUUCGUGCUGCGCGGAGCCAGCGACGCGGGCGGCCCGGCCCGGCUCGAGUACUACGACAGCGAGAAGAAGUUCCGCGGCGGCGCGGCGCCCCCGCGGCGCUCGGUCAGCCUCGCCGCCUGCCUCGGCAUCAUCCGCCGCGCCGACGCCAAGCACAAGCACCUGCUCACGCUCUACGCCAAGGACGAGUGCCUGGCCAUGGCCGCCGACAGCGAGGAGCAGCAGGCCGAGUGGUACGCGGCGCUCACCGAGCUGCACGACGAAUGCUGCAGGGCGCCGCACGGAGCAGCAGCGGCGGGGGGAGGAGGAGGAGGAGGAUGCGGCGCGGCGGCCGGUGGAGGAGGAGCAGGAGGAGGGAUUUUCGGCGCGGCCAGCGAUGCGGGCGGAGGAGGCGGCGGCGGCGGCGACAGCGGCGAAGACGCCGGGCCCGCGGGGUGCGCGGGCGGCAGCUACGGAACGAUGCCGGCCACCCCCGUGUUCAAGGAGGUGUGGCAGGUGAACCUCAAGCCCAAGGGGCUGGGGCAGACGAGGAACCUGACGGGCGUGUUCCGCCUCUGCCUGGGCACGCGAACCAUCAGCUUCGUGAAGCUCAACGCGGACGCGGCGGCCGUGAACCUGCAGCUCAUGAACAUCCGACGGUGCGGCCACUCGGAGAGCUUCUUCUUCAUCGAGGUGGGCCGCUCGGCCGUCACGGGGCCCGGGGAGUUCUGGAUGCAGGUGGAGGACUGCGUGGUGGCGCAGAACAUGCACGAGACCAUCCUGGAGGCGAUGCGUGCCAUGAGCGAGGAGUUCCGACCUCGGAGCAAGAGCCAGACGAGCGGCGGCGCGGGCGGCGCGGCCGGCGCUGCCGGAGGAGGCCCCCACCGGCGCCAGCAGCGCUACCAGCCCCCGCCGAGCCAGACGGGCCUCAACCGGCGCUCGCGGGCCGAGAGCGUGGCCGGAGCGUCCCCCGUGAGCGGCGGCGGCGGCGUCACCCCGCAGGGGAGCGGCUUCUGCGCCUCGCAGCUGCGGAACCGCGCGAGCAGCGAGGGGGACGGAGCUCCGGGCGCGCCGCGCUCCGAGUCUGCGGACGCCAUCUCGGCGCGCCUCCUCCUCCUGCAGGGGGAGGACGCCGAGGGCCGGCUGCAGUCCUCUCAGCUGGUGUGCGCGGGGCGCCGGCAGCAGCAGCACCACCAGCACCACCAGCACCACCAGCAGCAGCAGCAUGGGCAGGUAAUCGCAUCGUACCAGCGGCAUCAGUCUCGCAUGCAGCAGCAGCAAGGACAUCUCCACCACCACCACCAGCAGCAGCAGCAGCAGCUGCACCACGCGGCGGCCACGCUGCUGCCCGGGCGCUCCGUGUCGGCGCCCAUCGCGCGAUCCCCCCCCGCGGGUGGCUGCUCCCCCUCGUCCCUGCUGCUCUUCUCGGCAUCGUCUCUCAUCACGAGCCCCGUGAGCGUCUCCUCCAGCAGCGGCCGCGGCUCCGUGGACGCCCCGUGCUGCGUGGGCAGCCUGGGCAGCACGGGGGGCGGCGGGGCCGGCGGCGGCGGCGGCGCGGCCGGACACGCGGCAGUCGGCGCGGGAAGCUGCGGGGCCGCGGCGCUGGCCCGCGGCUCUCGCCCCUCGAGCGCCUCCAUGUCGCUCGGCUCCCUGAGCGACGGGGGCUUCGUGUCCUCGGACGAGUACGGCUCCAGCCCCUGCGAGCCGCGGGGGUCCGCGACCCCCGACUCGCCCAGCCCGACCCCGUGCGCCAUCCGCGAGGAGGAGGAGGAGGCGGCCGCGGCGGCCGCGGCGGCGGCGGCGAGGGGAGGCCCCUACGCCUACAUGCAGAUGGGCCGCGCUCGCGUCUACAGGGCCGCGCCCCGCGGGCAGGACGCCCCGGACGCAGCCACCACCUCGUCCACCGCCUCGUCCACCUCCCCCGGUUUCCCCCCAGCCUCGUCUUCGUCGCAAUCGUCGGCGGCGGCCGCGGUUGCGGCGGCCCUGGCCUCAGCGGAGAAGGGGGUCGUGCGUAAGCGAACAUACUCGUGCGCGUCGGCGUCCGCGGGGCCCGCGAUGCCACCGGCCGCGCUCGGGCCCUGUCUCCAGCAGCGGGAGCAGGAGAAGACAGCCUCGCAGGAAGAGUAUGCGGUCAUGGGAGCGCUGUCUUACCAACACCACCAUCAGCAUCAUCAGCAGCACCUCCAGCAGCAGCAGCAUCAUCAGCAGCACCUCCAGCAGCAUCAUCAGCAGCAGCAGCAGCACGCGCCGGGCCGUGAGGCCGCUGCGCCUCCUUGUUGCCCGCACACUCGCGACCCGCACCAUGGCGACCACGACGAUGAUUAUGACGAUGACGACGGGGGCGGUGGCGACGAUGAGGAGGACGACGAUGCGGCCGGAGGAGGAGACGUGCAGUCCAGGCUGGUGCAUAGCGGGGAUGACGGCUACAUGCCCAUGCUGCCCGGCGUCACCGCCUCCGUCGCGGGAAGGUGCAGGAGCGGCGGCGAUGCAGACUACGUGCCCAUGGGGGCCACGGGUGCCCGAGACGGUGACAUAACCGCAGCCGCCGCCACCACCACCUCGGCAGCGGCAAGAGGAUCGCUGAUACAACAUCAGCAGCGGCAGCGGCACCAUCACCACCAUCACCAACAGCAGCAGAAGCAGCCGUGGCAGCGCGGCCAAGACGGCCUCUGCGACGCGCAGCCCCAGGACGCUGCUAGCGGCUACAUGGUGAUGUCACCGGGCGCGGGCGAGGGCCAAGCGGCCGGGUCCAUCAAGACGUGGCCCAGGCCCAGCGUGGCCAGCGGUAGUGGCGGCGGCGUCGUUGGUAGCGGCGUCGGCGUCGGCGCGAAGGCGGCGUGUGAGAGAAGCGUGGAGGCGCGGGCAGGCCCGCCGGGAGCAGGCGACUACAUGAACAUGGCCACGUCACCCGCCAACCCGGCCAUCGUGGCGGACACAGCGGCUGUGCCAGAGGGCUGCUACUUCAGCCCCAUGCGGGAUGGGGAAGGCGCGGGUGGUGCUGGUGGUGGUGACGGUGCUGCUGGCAGCAGCAGCAGCAGCAGCUUCUACUCGUUGCCCCGGUCCUUCCGGCCCGUGGGGCAGCAGGGUAGCAGGCUGGCGGAGAGGGCGGCGGCCACUCGGCCACUCGGGGAGGUCAUCCGGGAGGCGAGGGACGCCGCUCCGACCCCCACGAGCAGGCCCGCCGCGCUCUCCCGGCCCCGCGAGGACGCCUCGAGCAGUGACCCCGGGAGGCAAGGAGGCGCACGCGUGAGCGGGGCCCCGAGGCGGGUCGGGGGAGCGGCGGCGGAGGGGGUCACCACGAGGGACGCACAGGGCCGGUGGCAGGGAGCUCCCCCCGAGCCCAGGAGCCCCGGGGAGUACGUGCACAUCGACUGCGCCGCGGCGGCGAAGGCGGCCUCCCAGCCCGUCUCAUCGUCGUCCGCUUGGCGCCCCCCGCAGCACGCGGCAGGGCCGCAGCAGGGCAAGGCCCCGGACGGUUGCCGCGCAGCGCACCGCGGCCCCCCGUACCUGGCGCUGUCGUCGGGAGGCGCCGCCGCCGCCGCCGCCGCCGCCUCGGCCGCGGCCGCCCAGACACGCGGCGAUCGUCGGAGGAGGAGCGCGAACGAAUACGUGAGUGUGGCGGCGGCGGCGCGUGCCGGGGGGCCACCCGCGUCCGUCCCGGCGGGCCCCCGUCCCGCAGCCCACCCGGGUCCGUGGGACGCCGCCUCGGCUGGGCGCGGCGCCCCCGUGGGGGGGGACUACACGGAGAUGUCGCGCCGCGGGGAGGCGAGCGCGGAGGAGGAGGAGGCGGCGGGGAGGAGGAGGAGAGACGCGACUGGGGGGUACUCGGCCCCCACCGCCUCAUACAGGGCUCCUCACGGCAGCUACAACCUCCAGCAUCACCACCACGGGAACCACAACCACAUCCACCACUAUCAGCUGCUGCAGGAGCAGCAGCAUAAGCCACUCCCUCUCCCACAGCAGCAACAACAUCAACAAUAUCACCAACAGGAGCAUCAUCAUCAGCACCCUCAGCAGCAGCAUCAGUCGCACGCAGGAGUGAGGCCCGGAUAUGCGGCACUGAAACCCUGCGUGCCGCCAAGGAUCGGCUUGGCCUUCCAGCCGUACGCGGCCGGGUCUGGCGCGGUGGUCAUCCCGGCCACGACCGGGGCCACCGCCGCACCACCGCCACCUCCUCCCCCUCCUCCUCCACCAGCGGCGCCGCGCCGGCAGAGCGCGUUCAGCGUGGUGCCACCAGCAGCCGCGCAGCACGGCGCGACGCGGCCCGGGACCGCGGCCACGACGGACGAGGAGGAGCGGCCACGCGGUGGCGUGGCCCGGGUGGCGGUGGCCUCAUCGGCCGCCGCGACCCCGCAACGGCCCGGCGCGGCCGGAGGACACCACGGCGCGGGUCCGGUGCGAGAAGCCGCCGGGUCUCACUCUUUGCAUCAGCAGCAUCAUCAGCAGCAGCAUCAGCAGCAGCAGCAGCAGCUGGAGAGCGGGCUGAACUACAUCGCGCUGGACCUGCGGGGCGAGGAGGGCUCGGCGGGCAGCAGGGGCAGCGUGAGCAGCGUCGACUCAAACGGUUACGCCACCAUCGACUUCUCCCGCUCCGAGAGCGCGGGGUGACGCGGAAAAUGCCGGUGGGACACUCCGAUGAGACGCUCCGGUGGAACACGCCGGUUGGACCCGCCGGUUGGGAACGCUGAUGGGACACGCCCGUGGGACACUCCGGUGGGACACUCUGGUGGGACACUCCGGUGGGACACGCCAAUGGUACAUGCCGUUGGGACACGCUGGGGACAGCCUGGAGGUCGGGCCCACCAAGACGAGGAUGACGAGGACCCCUCAUCCACCGCCUCCACUUGCCGCGUCCCCCUCGUCACUCCCCUCAUCACUCCCCUCGUCACUUUCCUCGUCUCCCAGCUGAAAUCCAGCGGAGUUCUCGUCCCCCUUUACCAGAAGCUCAGGUUUUAGUUUUUGUCCCCUUCUCCGGCACAGUUCGUGUUCAACCAUUUCUCUUGGUCCUGGGAGUAACACCGCUCACAAACGGACGGCGGAAGUGGCAGCCCUCUCUCUUCUCUCUCUCCUCUAUCUCCCCUAUAUAUCUCCCCUCUCUCUCUCUCCUCUAUCUUCUCUCUCCUAUCUCUCUCCGCUAUUUCUCUCUCCACAACUCGAGGCAAAAGUGUUGCCAAAAUUGCCAUGGUGACGUUUUCA